GCAAUUUGGUAAAAGAAACUGCUCUCCUCUUCUUCUAGCUGAAGGCCGGCGAAGAACUGGAGGAUAAAUUCGAAUUUAAGACGAAAUUGCCCUUGGCUGGGUCCAAAAAAUGGCGAAGGGACUGCAGCAGCAGGCCGGAGGGCAAAAUCUUCCGGCGGACGUGACGGCGCUGAUUGAUCAACUGGAGCGGCACUGCUUGGCUCCUGAUGGGUCUCUCGUCUCCAAAUCUGCCUACUACGAUCUCCAAUUGGCAAGAGAGGAGAUGGCAAGAGAGAGGCUUCGCUAUUUUGAAGCCAUGGCAAUCUACUGCGAAGCAAUUGCAAUGGUGGAAGAGUAUCAACAGGCUGUGUCAGUGGCAAAUCUUGGAGGAAUUCGGGAUGUUCAGGGACUAUAUCCACAACUAGGCUUGAAGAAUUCUCCUCAGGUUUAUGAAACUCUAGAGCAUCGACUGGUUGUUGCAGAAGCAGCUCAAAGAUUGAGGCUUCCUCUUAUUUCCAAAGAUGGUGAAAUUCAUGAGGAAGAAAUUGAGAAAUGGAGUAUAAUGUCACGAAGCUCUCUUGAUAGUACAAGUACCAGCAUCACAAUCAGUUCAAGCUCAAAUUCCACUAACUAUACAAAUAGUUCUGUUAAUAUCACAGCAGAAAGGGCAAGUAAUGCACUUUCUCUUGGUACUGAUACAUCAGAACCUGAAGUUGGUGGUGUUCCCAACCGCUUUCUAGGAAUAACACCUGCUUAUUUAUGGCAAACUCAGCUCCAACAAACACCCUUAUCAAUGGAUAUGACAGACUACCAGAUGUCACUUUCUCGUGAGAUUGAGUCACGUUUAAAAGCUAAAUGUGACAAGUUGGCUGAUGUUUUUGUAAUGGAUGACAUUGAUUCUUCAUCACGUAGUCAAAACUCAAGUGCUCGGCUUCCAGAAAGGGUGAAGUUAAUCAUUGAGGAGAUUGAAAGGGAAGAAGCUGCUUUGCGGGAGGACCUCUAUUCUGCUGAUAGAAAGUUUGCAGAAUACUACAAUGUCUUAGAGCAGAUACUUGGAGUGCUUAUUAAGCUUGUCAAAGAUUUGAAAUUGCAACAUCAACAUAAAUAUGAUGAACUACAAAAAACUUGGCUAUGUAAAAGGUGUGAGACCAUGAGUGCAAAAUUGAGGGUUUUGGAGCAUAUUCUCCUCCUUGAAACUUACACUCAGGAUUCGAUACCGGCACUCCAUAAAAUAAGGAAGUAUCUUCUUGAGGCUACAGAAGAAGCUUCAAUUGCAUACAAUAAAGCAGUGACACGCCUUAGAGAGUACCAAGGUGUUGAUCCUCACUUUGAUACAAUUGCAAGGCAGUACCACGAAAUUGUAAAGAAAUUGGAGAACAUGCAAUGGACGAUACACCAAGUCGAAAUGGACCUCAAACGUCUACCUGAUCAUCCCAGCACAUAAAAUACUCUUAUCCCAUAUGGUACAUCUGCCCAAAUGAUUUUCCUUUUUUUCCUUUUCUUUUGUUUUGUGGCUUCAGACAUCAAAUGAAAUUCAUCAUCAGUCCAUUGAAUGUUCUUUCUUUGUGAUAGUAAAUGGCUGUGAAAAACAAGUGUUUUAGGGCUUUUGUAAGGAGAUUCUUGAUUUCUCUGCUUUAUUCCAUUAAUUUGGCCAGUGUGUGGAACUGAUAUGGAUCAUACAUAGAGUUCUAUAAAGAAAUGAGAUAGUGUGAUGAUGGCA